AUGAACUCCUCAGAAUGCAGCCUGGCAACUAUAGUCAACGCUUCACUCAUGCUGCAGAGAGAAGUGGACUCCAACAUCUCUCAGGAAAUCAGCCUGCAGUCGCACUACAUGAUACAGGAGUGGAUUAUUUAUACGUCUUACUCAGAAAUGCACAUGUUCCUUAUUCCUACAAUCUUCUGCUGUGUGACAGCACUCUUUUUUACUCCUUUGAUAUUAUUCGCUAUUUACUCCAACAUCAGCAUGCGCCAGGAAAUGAGGUUCUUACUCCUGGGAAACACAGUGCUGUGUGACUUGGUAUACCUUAUGUUCUACGCUUUGACUGCCAUAUGCAAUGUGAUGAACCUGAAGAUCCCCAAACAUAUCUGUGUGCUGUUUCUGUUCCUGUUGGCUGUUAUGUACUGGGGAGGUGUCCUCACCACAGCCUCAAUGGUGGUGGACAUUUAUUUGGCAGUCUUGUGGCCCCUUCACUAUUUGUCAUUGCUCCCUGCACGAAGAACUAAAAAACUGUUAAUAUUGCUCUGGUUUUCAUCCUUCUUUUUCCCAGCACUUGUAUUUUUGGCCUUGUACUUUACGCAAAAUCCAGGGCCAUGUCCUCUUGAACUAUGUUCCUUACCUAUGAUCUUGCUCACGGCUCUGCACGGAGACGAUGCUCUUAAGUUGUGUUAUAUCCUAUUUGUAAUUAUUUUUCUUUUAUGCUUCUCCUUAAUCUUCUGCUGUUAUAUAGUUUUGUGCUAUAAAACUAGAGAAACGGGGAUCUGGAAAAGUGUAUCAUCCAGAGCCAAUAUAACCUUUCUAAUGCAUCACACCAUAUUGUUCUUCUAUUUGAGUCCUCUGCUACUUUUGCUGACAGAGUCCUUGCUGUAUAUGGGAAAAGUGAUUGGAUUAAGAACAGGAUUAUGGGUUACACUGACAAUUUGCAAUGUGCUGAUUGUGUUCCCGAAGGCUGCAUCGCCUUGUUUGUAUGGACUUCGGUACCGUGAAAUAUACAAGUCACUCAAGUUAUUCUUUAGAUUAAGAAAGCACAGGUUAGUUGCCCCUGUUAUAUCAGAUAUGUAA